UAUGGCUGGCUAAGCGUGAGAGAGAGAGAGCACAGAAUUUUACCUCCAAAAUGAGUUUUCCGGGCAAAAGCAUGUUUGAUUCGCCCAAAAUGAAGUCUAUACCAGAGAGUAAACUGAAAGCAUUCAGCAUUGGAACAAUGAAUGCUGGCAAAAAGGCAUUAUCAAAGAAAGAACAAGAGGACCUCCGUAGAAAGGCCGAUGAAGAAGCCACAGCCCAAGUUUAUCAGGAAUUCCUGGCAUCUUUUGAAGACUCAGGCAAACAUGGCAAAACCUGGGUCAAGGGGGGAUUAGUGAACCCAGAAAAAGGCAACUCUGGCAAGCAUAAAUGGAAAAGGUCAUCUCAUGAUCCCGGUGAACAAGAUUCACCUAGAGAACAAAGGGAACGUCUUUACAAACCAACAUCCAAACUGGCCGAGUUGGCGAGUACAUUCCAGUCUACCAAAGAAGAACAGAGAAGAGAGGAGGAAAAAAAUAGAAUGUUUGCCAAGAAGAGGGAAGAGAAGAAGAAGAGUAACCUGGAGUUGUUCAAAGAGGAAUUAAAACAAAUUCAGGAAGAGCGUCAGGAAAGACACAAAUUAAAGCGAUCGAUAAGAGAUGGUGGCAUAGAUGACUCCCCUAACUCCCCAAGCGAGAAAAGAUUGGAUGCUUUCUUCUCAGAUGUUGGAUUUCCCAAGGGACAAGGCGACUCCGCAAGAGGCUCGUUUGACCCAGGUGACGAAAACACAACAAACAUUUAUGUGGGGAACAUAAACCCAAAGAUGACAGAGAAAGAACUCUGUGAAGCAUUUGGAAAAUACGGACCACUGGCCAGUGUGAAAAUAAUGUGGCCAAGAACCGAUGAAGAACGCAGUAGGGGACGCAACUGCGGCUUUGUGGCAUUCAUGAAUCGUAAAGAUGGCGAGAGGGCCAUGAAUACCCUGCGAGGUAAGGAUGUGAUGGGAUUUGAGAUGAAACUUGGCUGGGGUAAGGGGGUGCCUAUCCCGCCCCACCCUGUCUAUAUUCCUCCUGCUCUAGCGGAGAUGACAAUGCCUCCCCCUCCCUCGGGGCUGCCCUUCAACGCCCAGCCGCAUCGCCGCUCCCAGGCGGAGAGGAAGUAUGGCAGUAUGAGAAAUAGGGACGAGAAGGAAGACUUGGAGAAGACGUUAGCCAACGCUGUUGUCAAAGUGGUAAUCCCCACGGAAAGGAAUUUGCUGUGUUUGAUUCACCGAAUGAUCGAGUUUGUUGUGAGGGAAGGUCCCAUGUUUGAGGCCAUGAUCAUGAAUAGAGAGAUUAACAACCCCAUGUUCAGGUUCCUGUUUGAGAACCAAACGCCAGCCCACAUUUACUACAGAUGGAAGCUCUUCACCAUCCUCCAGGGGGAUUCCCCAUACCGCUGGAGGACAGAGGGAUUCAAGAUGUUCCGUGGGGGGUCAGUGUGGAAGCCCCCGCCCAUGAACCCUUACACCCAGGGCAUGCCUGAGGAGCUGGUUGGGGAGGACGACUCCAAGAAGGGGCAGCUGUCAGAUAGCCAGAGAGAUCGACUUGAGGAUAUGCUAAGGGAGCUAACUCCAGAGCGACCCAAAGUCGGGGACGCGAUGGUGUGGUGUCUGGAUCAUGCGGAGUCAGCCGAGGAAAUUGUGGAGUGUAUUACGGAGUCUCUGUCCAUCUUAGAGACUCCAAUACCCAAAAAGAUUGCUCGGUUGUUCCUGGUCUCAGAUAUCCUGUUCAACAGCAGUGCUAAAGUACCUAAUGCUUCCUUCUUUCGAAAAUGUUUUCAAACCAAACUAAGAGACAUUUUCAAAGAUGUCCACAAAGCGUACGAGAAGAUUGAUGGAAGAUUAAAAGCAGAACAGUUUAAGCAAAAAGUGAUGGGGUGUUUCCGAGCCUGGGAAGACUGGGCUGUGUACCCUAACGAUUUCCUCAUCACCCUGCAGAACGUCUUCCUGGGACUGGUGCCUACUGCAGCUCUUGUUCCCGCUCCACAGCCUGAAGUUGAGGACAGCAAAGAACUAGACCUUGACGGAGCACCCUUAGAAGAUCUCGACGGAGCUCCCAUCGAGGGGGUGAAGGUGUCCGAAAUCGAUGGGAAACCAAUUGUGGAUUACGACGGAGAUGUCAUCAGCGAGGAUUUGGACGGGGAACCUUUGGACAAGGAUGUGGACGGGAAACCCAUGGACGAUGAAGCUUUGACCAUUCUCACCAAAUUCACCAAAUCCAAGUGGGAGACCGUGGACCAAUCAGAGCUCGAGGCUCAAGCCGUGACAACCUCCAAAUGGGACCUGCUGGACCCAGAAGCUGACAAUGAUGACAGAGUGGAGGAAGAAGAUGAAGAUAUGGAUGGACAACCCAUGGAGGAGCAAGAAGGUGCCCUACAGUCCCUGGGUCAGUACGGCUCACCCCUGAGGGACGACAGUCUGCUGGAGGCUGCUCACAAACAGUAUUUGUCAGAAGAGAGGAGAGCCAAGCUACGGGAAAUAGAGUUAAAAGUGGUGAAGUACCAGGAUGAGUUGGAGAAUGGGAAGCGAAGUCGUAAGUCCGGGAUGACCAUUGCGGAACAAGUUCAGCAUUAUAGACGGAAACUCCUACAGAAGGAAAGCCGGAAAUCUUCGGGAAGGAGUAAAGGAAGAGAUAAAGAUGAUAGAAAACGUGAACGGGAAAGAGAAAGGGACCGUGAACGGAGAGGGCGUUCAGAGUCAAGUGAUAGCAACUCUGACAGCGAAAGUAGUCCGCGUAGUCGCCGGUUACGACGUUCCCCCUCCCCAUCACUGUCCUACAGUUCACACAGGUCAUUAAGUCCUAAACGCUCGAAGAGGUCCAAAAGUCCAAAGCGUGGAAGGAGGUCAAGGUCUAGGUCAAGGUCACCGUAUUUCCGAGACCUGUCAAGGUCACCACUCCGCCACAAGCACAAACAUAAAAAAAAGCACAGAGAGUGAAAAACUUGGCUUUGUAUUCAUCAUGUUAAGUGUCCUGGCUUCUGGCCAUCUUAAACAAAACACCCUAUCAGUCACAUGUGCAUUGUUACUGCUUGAAAAGCCUGUCCUGUAUCAAGACUUCUGUACUUUUACAGCACAUGUACUUAUGUAAAUCGGCUUGAAUUGUUUUGGUAUAAAACCUUCUCUGGUUGUCAUGUGACAUUCCAAGUCAGGCCGUGCAGUUUUGAAAAAAUAAUGUUAUGAAAAUGAAGUGUAACGGUUUUGUUUUUUUACAAAUGCUGUCGAUGAGAAGAAAAAAAAGUUGUCUGUACAAGUAAGUGAUUGUGCUUAAGUAAAUGCUGGCCAUGAUGUCUUCAGAAACUGUAAUUGAGAUCUGUGACCAUUGUCUGAAGUAUUAGGCAUAUAAUGUCUUAAAAGCUUCUUGUGAGCUGUACAUGUGACAUUCAAACCGUACAGAUGUGUAGCCAGAGGCCAUCAAAUAAAACAGUCUGUAAAAUCAACCAUAAUUGCAUGAAAUUUGUCACACAACUUAUUUUCCUUCCUGUCUGUACUACAGUACAAGUGAUUAGUUGAUGAAGAAUCAGCCGAAGUAUGAUGUGAUUGGCUGUUACUAGGUAAUCAGAAUAAAAUUUUAUGUGAUGGGCUCAAAAGCGAUUCUUUUAUCCACUUUUUUGACUGGAAGUUAGUGAAAAAUUGCAGGUAAUGUACUGUCAUGAAACAUACCUGUUUAGGUUUCCCUCAAGAUAGUGAUAUUUGUCCCAUAAGACAGUGCUUUUUCCACCACAAGAUGGUGCAACGUAAGGGGUUAGGCUCAUUUCUUGAUAGGCUUUAUCACAUCUUAGGCUUUAUCGCUUGAUACUCUUUAUCACAUGAUGAAGGCUUGAUAUUCUUGAUAGCUUCAUGCUUUCUAUUACUUUUGUGCAAGUCUCUUGUUUCACAUGGUGGUACAUGCAUUUGGGAGAGUAUAUUUUCUCUUUGUUUGUACAUCUGUUCUUUUGACUGUUUUCAUUUGAAACAGUAAAGAAAAGUUGAAGAUGUGUUGGGGGGAGGGGGGGAUGUCUGAUUUGCCUUAUUCAAUCAUCUGUUCUCAAAUUAAAUGUGCAUUUAUUAUAAAUACAUAAAUGUCCUAAUCGGAAAUUUAAUUUUCUGAAAGUCACCCUAAAUUGAUUUGAAAAAGAAGUGAAAAACAGCUGCCUGCGAUAAACAUGUUGGUUAUGGACAGUAAGCACAUUGUUCAAGGCUGUCUGUCAAAUCUUUGUUCAUAGCCUUUUUUUUAGGGACAAAGAACUGGAUUCUGUUAUAUUUCUGCCACCAGAUGUAUACUUGUAUAUACUACAUAAUUUCAUGUUCCAAUCCUGUAAAAAAAGUUGGAGAAAUUAAAAAUGUGCAUAACUGUGUGAA